UAACGUUGUGCAACCUUGUUUUUAGUUUGGCGGAGUCAGAGUUGAACACUGAAGUGUAAUAGCUACUGGGCAAAUGGCCUCGUCUGUUGCUCUUCAUCAGCUCGCUCACUGCUUCUUCAUCUACUCCCAGUCUGCUUUAUGGUCUGCAAGACCCAGAUACUCAAUCACCAGAAACAGAGGAAGCAGCAGCACUAAUAAUCUUAUCAGACCCAUCAAAGCUUCUUUAGUGGAAAUACCUCCGUUUCCUCUCUUUCAACCUCCCAAAGUAGAGGAAUCUCCGUCUGAGUUGGAACCAGCAGACCCUGAUUUCUACAAGAUAGGUUAUGUUCGAAGUAUGCGUGCUUAUGGAGUUGAGUUUAAGGAAGGGCCAGAUGGAUUUGGAGUCUAUGCUUCUAAGGAUGUUGAACCACUUCGCCGUGCCAGGAUCAUAAUGGAAAUCCCUAUUGAGUUGAUGUUAACCAUAAGCAAGAAGCUCCCAUGGAUGUUUUUUCCUGACAUAAUACCUGUUGGUCAUCCAAUAUUCGAUAUUAUCAACUCAACUGACCCAGAGACAGAUUGGGACCUGAGGUUGGCAUGCCUUCUUUUAUAUGCAUUUGAUUGUAAGGAUAACUUUUGGCAGCUAUAUGGUGACUUCUUACCUAGUGUGGAAGAGUGCACUAGCUUGCUUUUAGCCACAGAGGAGGAGCUUUUGGAGUUGCAGGAUGAGAAUCUUUCAUUGAAUAUGAGAAAACAGCAACGCCGAGCCUUGGAAUUUUGGGAAAAAAAUUGGCACUCUGGUGUUCCCCUCAAAAUAAAGCGCCUUGCACGUGAUCCUGAGAGAUUCAUUUGGGCUGUUAGUAUGGCGCAAUCUCGGUGCAUUAACAUGCAAAUGAGAAUUGGUGCUUUAGUUCAAGAUGCAAACAUGCUAGUUCCUUAUGCUGAUAUGCUAAACCAUUCCUUCCAGCCGAACUGUUUUUUCCAUUGGCGAUUUAAGGAUCGCAUGCUUGAGGUGAUGAUAAAUGCUGGUCAACAGAUUAAGAAAGGAGAAGAGAUGACUAUCAAUUACAUGAAUGGACAGAAGAAUGACAUGUUUAUGCAACGAUAUGGCUUUUCAUCAUCUGUGAAUCCUUGGGAUGUUAUCCAGUUCUCUGGCAAUGCGCGCAUUCAUUUGGAUUCUUUCUUGUCAAUAUUCAAUAUAUCUGGCCUUCCUGAAGAAUAUUAUCAUAACAGUCAGCUAAUGAGAAAUAGAGAUGCUUUUGUUGAUGGAGCUAUCAUAGCUGCAGCACGAACAUUGCCUACUUGGUCAGAUGGGGAUGUGCCUCCACUUCCAAGUGCAGAAAGGAAAGCUGUGAAGGAAUUGCAAGAAGAAUGCCAACAGAUGCUCGCAGGAUUUCCCACAACUUCCAAGGAAGACCAAAAAUUGUUAGAUUCAAUGCUAGAAGCUGGGAGGCCUCUAGAAGCUGCGAUAAAGUAUAGAUUGGAUCGGAAGAAGUUCAUUGAGAAGGUUAUGCAAGCAUUAGAUAUCUAUCAAGAGCGCUUAUUGUUCUAAGCAUGGAAUUUUCCGCUUUUAAGUAUUAAUGAAAAUUUUGUUACCGGUGUUCAUGUUCAUGUUCAUGUAUCCAGGCAGUUGACAGAGUUGGUAACAGGGAUAAUCAGCCUUAUCAAUCACAGAAAUUUCAUUAAAAGGAACAA